AUGAGAUUUAUAAAAGCAAUUAUUUUAAUUGUUUACUACAUUUACAAAUUCUUAUUAUAAAAAGCUAAAGAUUUAGCUGUAAAUUUAACAAGCAAAAGUUUUUCAUGUUUGGUUUGCUACUAAACAACUGAUAAAUAAAACAAGUUUUGCCUUUUUUGUAACAUAUGCUACUCUUGUUUGGAUUCUUGGUUUGCCUAAUAAAUCAAAACAUAAAUAGAAAACCUGUAAGACAACAGUAAUCAGCCUAAUUUAUAUUGUCCUAGAUGCAAACGGUCUUUCUCAUAAGAAAAAAUAUUACAGAAUCAAGAUAAAUUUAAAAAAACGAUGAUUUAAAUUUCUGAACUGUUUAUUAAAAAAAGCGAUCUAUUCAUAAAAUGCGCUUCAAAGAAAUGCCAAAACGUUGGAUGGGUGGACAACUAAAAUUGCUAAGACUAAUUUGAUUGUCCUUCCUGUGAUUUAAAGUGGAUAGCUGAUAAAGGAUAAACUGUUUUUUAAAAAUUCUCCUUGUUGUUUAGCUUCAAAGAACUUAAAUCUAAAUUAUAUAAAGCAAUCUUUGCAAAAACAUGUCCUCAUUGCAAUAUUUACAUAAUAAAAAAUGGAGGAUGCAACAAUAUGACAUGCAAAAAUUGCGGAAAAGGGUUUUGCUGGUAUUGUAAGCUCAAGUAUCAGCAUCCUUUCACACUUUUCUGCUUCAUUUUUAAUUUAGCAAGAUUAGCUUCUUGCUUUAUAUUUCCUUUUGUUGAAAUAAUAUAAUUUAUUUCUAAGAUAUCAAAAUAAUUAAUAUCAGAUUUUGCUGAGCCAAUUUAUUUAACACCUUUAUCUAUCAAAUUAGCUUUCUUUUAUUUCUAAACACAGUCUAUUUCUCUCUUUGAAAAGUCAUUGAAUCUAAUUACCUCAAUAAAAAGAAAGCCUAUUCCAGUAUAAUGA